AUGCAAUCCGUGAGAGCAGACAGCGAACAUGCUUGUUUUGAAAGUUCCUGCUAUAAGUUUAAUCUCACGCAUAAAACAUGGGACGAGAGCAGAAGGACUUGCAAGGACCACCUUGGUGGUGAUUUAGUUUCCAUUGAAACCGAAGAAGAAUGGAACUUUAUUAAUGAUAAGAUUCAAAACCGCACUGAACACCGGUGGCACAUCGGUUUGGUAAAAGAGAAUGGGGGUUGGAUCUGGGUGAGUGGAAGACCACUGACUAUUUGUAAAUUGGGAGAAUCAAGUUGGGGCAGAAGUAAGGGCAUGUUAGCCAAGAAUGAGCAACAGGGCCACCUUGCAAGUCAAGACGCUGCCGGCAAAAAUGUUUCGACUUUGCCAUAUAUUUGUGAAAUACCAAAAGCUAUUGGGGAAAACUCUUCCCAGAUCAAUUAUCAAGACUACGUUGAAAUAUCUUGCACAUUAGAAUAUGGCAAGAAGAGAUGGAUGCAGAAUUGCAAUUUCACUGAUGGCAAAUGCAAUCUUAAUUGUUCCGUAACCUUCUGCAAGAGUGGGCAAAACCGCAUGUCCGAGGACUGCGGAAAGUAUUGUAGUCAGACGUAUAGCCCAUUGGAGGCUGUAACUGUGUUUGAAGAUUGCACCUUAAAAAUCAAGAACGUCACAAAAAAUAAGGCCAGCAUGGAAGACGUUAAAAUACAGAGAAAAUCCAUCUUUGAGGUGGCAGAGGCCGUCGAAAAAUUUGCUCUUAAUUAUAGCAGGCGACACCUGAGUGAAACGAGACCUUCAGUAACGAUCAUUUCCCCAACAAUGGUUUUGGACAUUCAAAAAGUCUAUCGCCAGAAUGCGAGUGACUUCCACUUUGAGGAACAACGAUGGCAAGCGAGAAUCGAUAUCGCUUCUUCAAAUUUUGAAGACAAUGAAUCAUUGGUAGUUGCAUUUGUGUUCGAGAAUCUGCAUGAACUACUUCUGACAGAUCAAGCCAUCACGAGUGAAACAGACAAUCAAAGGUAUCUCAACUCCAGGAUAAUGGCCGUAACUAUGGACCCCAAGCCAGAGAAAUUGCGAGAAAAUGUCAUCCUUAAGUUCAAAAACCUGAAGGUCUUGACAGCAGAGAAGCGUUGUAUGUUUUGGAGUGGCUUAAGCGAAAGCUUUUCAGAGGAAGGAUGCCAUGUGAUUACAUCAAAAAGCAACUCCGAAGAAACAGUUUGCAGUUGCAAUCAUUUGACGCAUUUUGCCGUCUUAAUGGACUACGACGGCAGCACAAAGCUCACCGAGGAGGACGAAAAAAUUCUGAAAACUAUCACUUACGUGGGACUGAGCCUUUCCAUCGUCGGGAUACUUUUAACAUUAAUACUUUAUUCUUGCCUCACAGAUGUUCGUCAACCUCUUUCUCAAAUUCGUCUGAGUGUUUCUACGUCUCUUGGAGUUGGACAGAUCAUCUUCCUCGCCGGAAUGAACGCCACAGAAAACAAAGCUGUCUGUGUUACAAUAGCAGCUCUGAUGCAGUAUUUCUUGAUGGCCGCUUUCUGUUGGAUGCUGAUUGAGGGAAUUUAUCUCUACUUCUUCGUUGUGAAAGUUUACAACAUUAACACCAAGAUGUACAUGUAUCACGUCACCUCAUGGGGUCUUCCAGUGAUCAUGGUGGCCAUGUCACUUGGCAUCGCUGCUGGAAAAGAAGGGUUACAAAGCUAUACGAGUGAUAAAUAUUGCUGGCUUUCCUCGUCUGACAACCUGAUCUGGAUAUUCGUCGCUUUUGUGGCUUUCAUCGAAGUUCUCAAUAUCUUGAUACUCGUACGAGUCAUAAAGGAGACGAGCAAUUUGUUGCAGCCGAUAGGGGAAGAGCAUCAUUCUCAGCAAAUACGAAUUGGCAUCAAAGCAUGCGUGGUAAUGAUUCCCCUGCUGGGUGUCACAUGGGUAUUCGGUCUCCUCUCGCCUGUACAUAAAGCUUUCGCUUACAUCUUCACCGUACUUAACUCUGCUCAGGGUUUCCUGAUUUUCGCUCUACACUGCAUGCGAAACAGUCAGAUCAGAGAGCGAUUCAAAGGAAAGAUGAAUAUCGUUUUUCCAUCUUCUAUAAAGAACAACUCCACAAGUAAGAGCUCACAGGUCAAUCCAAGUGAGGUUGGGGAUGUAUGGGCAGUUGAAAUGCAGUAUUGUGCUGAGUUUGAAUUGAAAUCGCACGUAACUUAAAUAAUUGGAUCCAGCCAACCGGAAAUGACAGUCAAUUACUUAGUACAAUCACUAAGUUAACAGCAAUAAGUAGGCUACGAUCGGUCUGACUUGCGAUCAGCAGCUAAAAAGAGGUCUUUCUUUUUAUUAUUGUUUAAGCACUCAACCAGUUCAGUGUAAUUGUAACUUAUCUUCUUUAUGAUUAUAAGCUUAUUUUCUAAGCGACCUUAUAUUUGUAGGCAAGAUUCAUCGAAGUAAAUCAAUCCAUAAAUUCAAUUUUCUAAUAGCUCAGUAUCUUGAUGACUUUCCUUCGAAUAAGACCACAGUCUACUACAGAUGAGGCGGGAAUUCAUGUCAAGAUAUCACGAAUUGCCUUUCUUUAAGAAGCACUCUAGCACGCACCUUUAAUUGAACGUAUUUAUCUUUCGAUUCUUACGCGCCAACUUUCUGCGCUUACCGCAUAAUUAUUUCAUAUUCGACGUUUCACUUAUUGAGUUUACAAACUUCUCACCAAACGCUGUUAUUACUUUUAACAAUGAGCUAUAUGGAUAAUAACUUAAAGUAUAAGUUUCUAGAAAUUUAGAGAAUGCCUAGUCAUGCUGAAAUGCAUACCAAGGAACUUUCUGAAGCAUUUUACUAGGUUACUUAGUUAUGAUAUAACACUACCAGUAUGGUUGUGUUGUAAGUGUCCGGAAUUUCCAAGAAUACUUUGUACAUAAGGACUCAGUUGUGCAGCAGUAAUGUUGUUGUCGGGAGUGACUGACUUUUCAGAAGGCUAUACCGAGAGAGAGGUACUGUGGAAAAUUGUUAAUUUUGAGGCACUUUGGAGACAACUGUGAGAUUGUGUCAGUGGUGAGCUAAGAAAUAGUUUGUGGUGGGCUUCAAUCAGUUUAUUUAAGGAUAAUUAUUCUACUUCCUUUUACAGUCGGUCAUUGAUAAAAAUAUUACAAGUUGUUUAAUAAAGUAGUUACGUUUGUUAAUAAAUGAUGCUCUUUCUGUCUGUUAAAUUGUACCGUAACAAGUAAUACUAAUAG